AACAGCGCAAAGCUGAUACUCCAAGAGGAACGGCGCAACUUAAACUUAAUAUUUAUUCUUAAUAUUAUUUUCGCUUAACUAUUUAUAUUUUUUGGAGAUAUCAGGAAGAGGACCGAAUACUGAAGAGACCACUGUGCAAAUUUAUCGGUGGAUUUUAUUUUUCAUUGCUGACUUUCUGAUUCCAUAAUUUUCUAUUUCAAAGGACCUAGUAUUGUAAAGGUGGCUGUGCAAAGUCUCAAGAUGAUGUUGAGUGCGCUCUUUUUACUAUUGAUGGUAUGGAACUGCGAGGGCGUCAGGUUACCAGAAAACCGAGAUGACAACAGCAUCUUUGAUUUGUUUGAACUUGCCCGAGUCCCCCCCAAACACAGUGGAGUGAGCUUAGUGAAAGGUCCAGACCCCAACAGUCCCGCUUACAAGAUCCUGAACCCGAACCUGAUCCCCUCGGUUCCCGAGGUCUCCUUCAGAGACAUAAUUGAUUCCAUCCAGACAGAAAAGGGAUUUCUCCUCUUGGCCACCUUCAAACAAGCCAGGAAGACCCGGGGCAGCAUUCUGACUGUGGAAAAGAAGGACGGUUCCGGACCCGUUUUUGAGAUCAUCUCUAACGGAAAAGCGAACAGCCUGGAUCUGGUUUACACUACCAUGAACAAGCAACAGGUGGUGUCCAUCGACGAUGCCUUCCUGUCUACCGGAGGCUGGAAGAACAUCACCCUCUUCGUUCAGGAGGACCGGGCACAGCUGUACGUGGGCUGCGAAGAGGUCAACAUCGCCGAGCUGGACGCGUCCAUCCACAGAAUUCUAACUCAGGAAGUGGCAGACUCCGCCAACCUCAGGAUCGGCAAGGGAGCCGUGAAAGACAGAUUUAUGGGCGUGCUGCAGAAUGUGCGCUUCGUUUUCAGGACCAGCCUCGAGGCUAUUCUGCGCAACAUGGGAUGCCAGAGCCAAAGUACCAUCUCAGAGGUCAUCACUCUGGACAACCCAGUGAAUGGCUCCAGCCCAGCUAUCCGCACCGACUACACCGGCCACAAGACCAAAGAUGCCCCAGGCGUGUGUGGCUUCACCUGUGAAGACCUGGACAGCAUGUUUAAGGAGCUCAAGGGUCUCGGCAUGGUGGUCAAGCAGCUGUCCAACGAACUCCGUGAAGUGACCAAAGACAACCAGCUGAUCAUGAGUACCAUGAAGAUCCACAGCGGCGUGUGCCUGCACAACGGCAUCGUCUAUAACGACCGCGACGAGUGGACCGUGGACGCCUGCACAGAGUGCACGUGCCAGAACUCUGCCACCGUCUGCCGGAGGAUCUCCUGCCCGCUGGUGCCCUGCCAGAACGCCACCGUGCCAGAGGGACAGUGCUGCCCACGCUGCGGAGAAAUCGAUACCGAAGGAGCUGGCUGGUCCCCUUGGUCCGAGUGGACCCAGUGCUCCGUCACCUGUGGAAGGGGCACCCAGACCCGCGGCCGCUCCUGCGACCGCAUCACCAACAGCUGUGAGGGCUCCUCUGUGCAGACCCGGGACUGCUUCCUGCAGGAAUGCGAUAAGCGAUUCAGACAAGAUGGCGGUUGGAGCCACUGGUCGCCCUGGUCCUCGUGCUCCGUCACCUGUGGAGAGGGGGUCAUCACUCGCAUCCGCCUCUGCAACUCCCCCACCCCCCAGAUGGGGGGCCUCGAGUGCCAGGGAGAGGGCCGCGAAACCAAGCCCUGCCAGCAGGUCCAGUGUCCCAUCAACGGAGAAUGGGGUCCGUGGUCUCCAUGGGGGGUGUGCUCUGUCACCUGCGACGGCGGCAUCCAGAUCAGGAAGCGUCUCUGCACCGACCCCGCUCCCAAGUUUGGCGGCAAGGACUGCAUUGGCCUGGGCAAGGAGGAGCAGCAGUGCAACACAGAGAAAUGCCCCAUCGAUGGCUGCCUGUCCAGCCCCUGCUUCUCUGGCACCAAGUGCACCAGUUUCCCCGACGGCACCUUCAAGUGUGGAGCCUGCCCACCUGGCUACUCUGGGGAUGGCAUCACCUGCAAAGACGUCGAUGAGUGCACGGCCGUACCUGACGCCUGCUUCACGCUUAACGGAGUGCACCGCUGCGAGAACACCGAGCCCGGAUAUAACUGCCUGCCCUGCCCCGCGCGCUACUCCGGCCCCCACCCCUACGGCAGGGGAGUGGAGGAAGCCACAGCCAACAAGCAGACGUGCGUUCCCCGUAACCCGUGCAAGGACGGCACCCACGACUGCAACAAGCACGCCAACUGCAUCUACCUGGGCAUCUUCUCGGACGCCAUGUACCGCUGCGAGUGCAAGCCGGGCUACGCCGGCAACGGCCACAUCUGCGGCGAGGACACCGACCUGGACGGCUGGCCCAACCGCGACCUGCUGUGCGUCACCAACGCCACCUACCACUGCAAGAAGGACAACUGCCCCAACCUCCCCAACUCUGGCCAGGAGGACUACGACAAGGACGGCACUGGAGACGCUUGCGAUGACGAUGAUGACAACGAUGGGAUCCCUGAUGAUAGGGACAACUGCCAGUUUGUCUUCAACCCCACUCAGUACGACGAUGACCGUGACGAGGUCGGUAACCUGUGCGAUAACUGCCCAUACGAACCCAACACUGACCAGGCUGAUACGGAUAACAAUGGAGAGGGAGAUGCCUGUGCUAUUGACAUUGAUGGCGAUGGUAUCCUGAACGAGAAGGAUAACUGCCCAUACGUCUACAACGUUGACCAGAGAGACUCUGACAGAGAUGGAGUUGGAGACCACUGCGAUAACUGCCCCCUGGAGCACAACCCUGAUCAGGCUGACUCUGACUCGGACCGCGUGGGAGACAAAUGUGACAGCAACGAGGACAUUGACGAGGACGGCCACCAGAACAACUUGGACAACUGCCCCUACAUCUCCAACGCCAACCAGGCCGACCAUGACAAAGACGGCAUUGGGGAUGCCUGCGACCACGAUGACGAUAACGACGGCGUUCCUGAUGACAAGGAUAACUGCAGGCUGGUCUUCAACCCUGACCAGAUUGAUUCAGAUGGUGAUGGUCGUGGAGAUAUUUGCAAGGACGACUUCGAUCUGGACAAUGUGCUCGAUAUCGAUGACGUGUGCCCUGAAAACUUCGCCAUCAGUGAAACGGACUUCCGCCGCUUCCAAAUGGUUCCAUUGGACCCCAAGGGUACGUCUCAGAUCGACCCCAACUGGGUGGUGCGCCACCAGGGCAAGGAGCUGGUGCAGACCGUCAACUGCGACCCUGGCAUUGCUGUUGGUUACGAUGAGUUCAAUGCCGUGGACUUCAGCGGCACCUUCUUCAUCAACACAGAUCGUGAUGACGACUACGCCGGCUUUGUGUUCGGCUACCAGUCCAGCUCGCGCUUCUACGUGGUGAUGUGGAAGCAGAUCACGCAGACGUACUGGUCUCACCACCCCACCAAGGCCCAGGGCUACUCCGGCCUGUCCAUCAAGGUGGUGAACUCCACCACCGGCCCCGGAGAGCACCUGAGGAACGCACUGUGGCAUACGGGAGACACCGCUGGACAGGUCCGCACUCUUUGGCACGACCCUAAGAACAUUGGCUGGAAGGACUACACCGCCUACAGAUGGCACCUGACCCACAGGCCCAAGACCGGACACAUUAGAGUGGUGAUGUAUGAAGGCAAGAAGAUCAUGGCUGACUCUGGAGUCAUCAAUGACAAGACGUACGCUGGUGGAAGACUAGGACUCUUCGUCUUUUCUCAGGAGAUGGUUUACUUCUCAGACCUCAAAUACGAAUGCCGAGAUACUUAUUAAGUCGAUCAAGAUGGCCACCUCCACAUGAAUGUGCCUUUCUGUACAAAUGUCAACAUGUAAUGUAUGUUUUCGGACUAUUUUUUGUGUCCCCCUUACCUUUGGACCAAGAGAGGGGUGAGAGGCUUUUUGAAGUUACUUGACUAUGCAACGUCUGACGGUUGACUGCUGGAUGAAGAUACUUAAAACCCCCCCAUUUUUGGCAGGUCGCGCUUUCGGGAGCAAAAAAAGUGUUCCCCCCUCCCUCCCCACCCAACUCUCCCAUUCUUUGGGAGGUUUCCUUCUCCUAACCCUGCAUUGCACAGAAGGGGGUUCUAAAACAUGUCUUUGAACUUCUGAACUUGCCAGCCUCCCUCUCUUCAGCCCAUGCCAAAGGGAUGGAUUUUUGUUUUGUUUUUGUUUACGUGUCGUUUUGUUUUGUUACGUUUAGGUUAUCCUCAGAUCUGCUGUGGACUGUGUUCAAAAGACUAACUUGUUUUGAAAUGAAGAAGGCAGUAAGGUUUUUUUUUUGGUUGUUUUUACCACUCAUUUCAUAGUAGAAGCUUUAGAUGGCGUUGUGAAGGAUUUGCUGUCGGACCAUUAUACAAUGUAGACCCGAAUCACAAGGAGAAUUCUAUUCCUUUGAUUGACUUUGAAUUAAAUUAUGGCCCAAGAAGUAUGCUACUCACCAAUUUGAAAAAAAAAUCGAAAGCUAAAGGCCCAAAACAAGGACUCUGCUCUGCUGUUUGGUACUACAGUAUAUGCAACACGAGUCGCCAUCCAAGGUCACCGUUCCAGUCUGUGUAGCAAUUAAAAAAGUUAUGGGGUGCAUUUCUCGAAACCAUAGUUGCUAACUAUGUUAGCUUAUUUGAUGGUUGCAAUGCAAUUUACCAUUGACGACAACCCAAGUUGCUAACUGCUAACAACUAUGCUUUCGAGAAAUGCACCCCUGUGGAGGGACCUUGGAAGUCUGUCAAGGGUUCAAAGACAGCAAAAGAGGAGUAGCCUACAGCACACCAUGGGAGUGUGUGACUUGUAACCGGUCUUUGUUAUCUGGGCAUUUAAUAGAGGAGGAAGGGUAUAGACUUAAAGGGAAUAUAGAGAGGUACAAGCUGAAUUUAGUUCAGCAUUUUUGUGUGUAUAAGAAAAAAAGGACCACAACAGUGUAUAUAAGUACAUAUUUAUUGUAUAUGUUGAUUGAUUGCUGAUGUCAUAGGGUCCUGAUGCUUUCUGGCAUCUUGUACCCUUACUCAUCUCAUUGUCCUGUGUCAGAAAAGUUAACAACAUGGCAUUAACUUGAACUGGAAAAAAAACAUGAGGAAAAGAAAAUUCACCACCAGUCUAGUAGAUUUCAGUAUUAUUAUCACCUUCCAGUUUCAGUAAGGCAAUAAUGUGUCUAUUUUUGUUUCAUUUCGCGUCCAUCAUCACUCCUGCGGUCUUGUACUCAUAACUUGUGUGUCUGAGUAUGCUCUACAUUUGAGUGAACACAAUGUACAAAUAUUACCUCAAUGAUGUACAAUUGAAACCAAAAACACAUAUCCUGGAGCUGCAGUAUAUACAGUGGUUGGCUUUGUAAUUGCUACUGUAGUACGAUCCUAUUUUAGUCUGUAUAUAAUACAAAGUAUUUUUUUUUGUAGUAGACAGUUCCCAACAUAAGAAUUGACUAGUUUU